AUGCAUCUCACCACUUACUUACUCGCUGCCUUGGCCACUGCCAGCACGGCUAUGGCUCACAUGGAAAUGAUACGUCCCUACGCAUUGAGGAGUCAAUAUGACCCCAAGGUCAGUGAAGGAGACAAGGAUUACGACAACACCAGCCCUCUGAACUCGGAUGGGUCCAACUUCCCCUGCCGCGGCCACCACAAGGACACCCCCUGGCGUACGGUGGCAAAAUACCAAGCCGGCCAACAAGACUACAUGGAACUGGCGCCUGGAACCAACCAUAAGGGCGGCUCAUGCCAGAUCUCCCUCAGCUACGACAACGGACAGACAUUCCGUGUGAUCCAGUCGUACAUGGGCGGAUGUCCACUGGAGCUGAAGUGGGACUUCACGAUCCCGGCCGACGCGCCCGCCGGCAAGGCCCUGUUCGCGUGGAGCUGGUUCAACCUCGAAGGAAACCGGGAGAUGUAUAUGAACUGUGCGCAUGUCGAGAUCGAGGGCGGAUCGGCGUCCUCGCGGCGUGGAUCAUCCUGGGGCAAAACGCAGAGCUUCAACCAGUUGCCUGAGAUCUUCGAGGCGAAUAUCGGGAAUGGAUGCUCGACGGUCGAGUUCAAAGAGACGGUGUUCAAGGAGCCUGGUGAGAACGUUGCUUACGGUGGUAAUGUUCAUCAGGGAGAUGCUCCAUUCCCCAAGUGUGGGUCGAACGUCUAG